GUCACGAUGGCGCCUAGCGUAGUUGGUUACUACGCCAAAAAGAGCAUCUUCAUCACGGGAGCCACCGGAUUCCUCGGCAAGGUGCUGGUGGAGAAGCUUCUCCGAUGCUGUCCCGAGCUGGAGGCGAUAUACUUGCUGAUGAGGGCCAAGAAGGGGCAGAGCAGUGAACAGAGACUUGAAAGCUUUCUUAAGUGUUCGGUAUUUAAUCGUCUUCACGAAGAUAAUCCACAGUGCUUUAAGAAACUCCGUCUGGUCCCUGGUGACAUAUUAGCAGACGGUUUGGGAAUAUCAGACGAUCUCCUCGAGACACUGAGGCAGGAGUGCCAGAUCAUCUUCCACUGUGCGGCCUGCGUGAGGUUCGACAUGCCAAUCAAGGAUGCUACCGCCCUCAACAUACGUGGGACCCAGCGUGUCUUAGACCUGACAAAGGGCAUGACGCAGCUAGAGGUAUUUGUCCACGUCUCUACAGCGUACUGCCGCAGCGAGCUACCAGAACUUGAGGAGCGGGUGUACACGACAGCCCACAAGCCGCAGGACGUCAUCAGAUGCAUUCAGUGGAUGGAUGACGAGUUGCUCGCGCAUUUGCAGCCCAAAUUGAUACACCCUCAACCGAAUACCUAUGCAUACACCAAGUCGCUGGCAGAGGCAUUGGUUGCGCAGUACGAAGGAAAGUUUCCCAUCGUCAUAGCGAGGCCCUCUAUUGUGGCAGCGGCCGUAAAAGAGCCCCUACCCGGCUGGGUGGACAGCCUGAACGGCCCCACCGGCCUCCUCGUGGGCGCCGGUAAGGGCGCCAUCCGGACCAUAUUCACCAAGGAGGCGCUCACCUGCGACAUCAUUCCUGUGGACUUUGUGGUCAACGGGUGUAUACUGGCCGCUUUUAACACCGGGAUCAAUAAGCCAAAAGAAAUACAGGUGGUGAAUUUGACGGUAUCUAGAAGGAACCCGGUGACCGUCGGAGAGUUGAUCGAUAUGGGGCGCGUACACGUGAAAGAGUUUCCCUUCUCCCAAUGCCUGUGGUACCCCGGCGGCUCGCAGAAGACCUCGCGUCUCCAUCAUCAGAUCGCUCUGCUGUUCACACACCUGCUGCCAGCGUACUUGCUGGAUCUGAUGCUGUCGCUGCUGGGACAGAAGACUUUCAUGGUGAAGUUGCAACAGCGCAUCAGCGCCGGACUGCAAACAUUUCAAUACUACUGGCUGAACGAGUGGCACUUCCACAAUGAGAACUUCCUCGCGCUGCGGGGACACAUCUCCAAGGAGGACGACGACACUUUCUACACCGAUAUCAAGAUGGUGAACUGGAACUCUUAUAUCCGUGACUACAUCUUCGGCGCCCGCACGUACUGCUGCAAGGAGGACCCUGCCACUCUACCACAAGCCAGGAUACUGCAAAAAAGAUUGUACUACCUGGACUGGGCCGCCAAGAUCAUCUUCUACACGCUGUGUGCAUAUUUCUUAUUCCACUAUAUCAGAAUAUUUUUAUCUGUCGUGUGAAGAUUGUAAUCUAACAGAGUCUGAAAGUGAUUUUAUUGCGAACAUUAUAAUAUAAUCAAGGC